UUUUCUGCAUCUCUGGAGACUGAUGGAGGAGGAGGAGGAGGAAGCGCGGGCGCUGCUGGCAGGCGGCCCCGAUGAGGCCCGCAGUGGAAUCCCCGCUGCCUCCCGGGCGCUUUCGGCCCUCUGCGACCCCAGUCACCUGGCGCACCGGCUUUUGGUGCUGCUGCUGAUGUGCUUUCUCGGCUUCGGUAGCUAUUUUUGCUAUGAUAAUCCUGCUGCCCUUCAGACUCAGAUUCAGCGGGAUAUGCAGGUGAAUACCACAAAAUUCAUGCUGCUGUAUGCCUGGUAUUCGUGGCCCAAUGUAGUUUUGUGUUUCUUGGGUGGAUUUUUGAUAGACCGAGUCUUUGGAAUACGAUGGGGCACAAUUAUUUUUAUCUGCUUUGUUUGCAUUGGUCAGGUUAUUUUUGCUCUGGGUGGAAUAUUUAAUGCUUUUUGGCUGAUGGAAUUGGGAAGGUUUGUUUUUGGAAUUGGUGGAGAGUCCUUAGCAGUUGCCCAGAAUACAUAUGCUGUGAGUUGGUUUAAAGGCAAAGAAUUAAACCUGGUGUUUGGACUCCAGCUCAGCAUGGCUAGAAUUCUCUUCUCCCGACCGGUCUCUGGGGACCUCAUCUCUUUGCCGCUCUUCAUGUACCAAUCCGAGUCUCUGCCCUCCUCCGCCUGUGUGUGGGCUGCUCUCCUGCCGGCCUCUCAUCCUCAGGCACCCUUCCAGCUCUCUUCCUCUGAGUUUUACUCCGAAUUCGCGUUCUCAGGAAGUACAGUAAACAUGAACCUCAUGGGGUGGCUGUAUUCUAAGAUUGAAGCUUCUUUGGGCUCUGCUGGUCCCACAACCCUUGGGGCUACACUGUUGAUUGGGGGCAUAACCUGUAUUCUUUCACUAAUCUGUGCCUUGGCUCUUGCUUACUUGGAUCAGAGAGCAGAGAAAAUUCUUCAUAAAGAACAAGGAAAAACGGGUGAAGUCAUUAAAUUAACGGAUAUAAAGGACUUCCCCUUACCCCUCUGGCUGAUAUUUAUCAUCUGUGUUGGCUAUUACGUUGUGGUGUUCCCUUUCAUUGGACUUGGGAAAAUUUUCUUUAUAGAGAAAUUUGGAUUUUCCCCCCAGGCAGCAAGUUUAAUUAACAGUGUUGUGUAUGUCAUAUCAGCUCCUAUGUCCCCAAUAUUUGGGCUCUUGGUGGACAAAACGGGGAAGAACAUCAUCUGGGUUCUGUGUGCAGUAACCACCACUCUCGUGUCCCACAUGAUGCUGGCCUUCACAAUGUGGAACCCUUGGAUUGCAAUGUGUCUCCUGGGACUUUCCUAUUCAUUGCUUGCCUGUGCCUUGUGGCCAAUGGUGGCAUUUUUAGUUCCUGAGCAUCAACUGGGAACUGCAUAUGGCUUCAUGCAGUCCAUUCAGAAUCUUGGGUUAGCAGUCAUUUCUAUUAUUGCCGGCAUGAUACUGGAUACUCGGGGAUAUUUGUUUUUAGACGUUUUCUUCAUUGCCUGUGUUUCUGUGGCACUUUUAUCCGUGGUCUUACUUUAUUUGGUAAAUCGUGCCCGGGGUGGAAAUCUAAAUUACUCUACAAGACAAAGGGAAGAAAUGAAGCUUUCUCAUACUGAAUGAGAAGUUAAAAAGUCAUGAGAACAGGAUGCACACAUCAUAGAUUUGCAAGUCUCCAUAUAUUUUUUUUAAUUUAGAGUUUAGUCAUGAGGAAAAAUAAUGAAUGCAGUCAUAGUUUUAUUUCAGAUGUGCCUAUUUUAAAGUUUGUGCAGACUGUAUUAGUCUGUAUCUUUUAUAAUGUGUGUUGCUGAGGAAUUCUAUGUUAGAACAGGUAGAUCGUCUGUGUGAACAGUUUAGGAAAUUGCUCUGGAAAUCCAGGUGAAUUUCAGGAAGGACAGUUAAGUAAUAUAAAACAAUAGAUUUUAUAUUGAGAGAUAAUUUUUAAUAAGUACAUUUUGGGGAUGUGGCCUUUUGUCUUCAAAUACUAGGAGGUAAAAGGGCUAUUUUAUAUGGAAUCAAUGAGGACACUGUACUUGUACUAGGCAUUCCCCUGUGAUAAAGAAAAUGAUAGGCAUUCUCUUCACAUUUACCACUAGAAGACUGGGCUCUACUGUAGUACGAGGGACCCUAAUCACCUGGGAUACAAUUUUAUAAUAUAAACUUUUGUAUAGUUUUUUCUUAUGAACCAGCUAAUAACUAAAAAGUAAAUAAAUGUAUGAUACUUGUAUAUCUACAUGGAUAAAUAAAAGCAUU